UCGGAAGGGAAAAUCAUCUGGGAUCCGCGGAAAUCAUCAACGGGACUAUUUUGCAUCACUUAGCUAGCUCUCCAUCUGUCAACUUCUUCCGUUCCCGUCCUGUUUGCUGUCACAAACCGCCUCUUCGGCCAUGUCGGAGUCGUACGAUUUCCUCUUUAAAUUUCUGGUGAUUGGGAAUGCCGGAACAGGCAAAUCCUGUUUGCUUCAUCAGUUCAUUGAGAAGAGAUUUAAGGAUGAAUCCAACCACACCAUCGGAGUGGAGUUCGGCUCUAAGAUUAUCAGUGUGGUAAACAAAAUGGUCAAACUACAAAUUUGGGACACCGCAGGACAAGAAAGAUUCAGAUCUGUGACCAGGAGUUACUACAGGGGAGCAGCUGGAGCCCUGCUGGUCUAUGAUAUCACCAGUCGGGAGACGUACAACGCCCUUACCACAUGGCUGAGUGAUGCCAGGAUGCUGGCCAGUCAGAACAUCGUCAUCAUCCUGUGUGGGAACAAGAAGGACCUGGACGCCGACAGAGAGGUCACGUUUCUGGAGGCGUCACGCUUCGCUCAAGAGAAUGAGCUGAUGUUCCUGGAGACCAGCGCGCUAACGGGGGAGAAUGUUGAAGAGGCCUUCGUCCAGUGUGCUCGGAAAAUCCUCAACAAGAUCGAGUCAGGGGAGCUGGAUCCAGAGAGGAUGGGCUCAGGGAUUCAGUACGGCGACGCGGCCUUGCGACAGCUCCGCUCUCCUCGCCGUGCCCAGCCACAGGGAGCCCAGGAGUGCGGCUGCUAGUGGACACGUCGUCUUUUACCGCUCACAGGUUUCUAAAGACGAGGAGAAGAUCAGCCAUGGAGGACCCAUCUCCGUUGGGUUUUAGGUUGCUAUGCUGGAGACUCCUUCCUGACCUUUGACCCUUGCACGGACCCUUCAGUACCUUUGCUGUCAUGGCUGCAGCUCCUGAGAGCCACGCCCCCCGCUUACAGAAGCCCGAGACCUCGGAGGUAACCAGAGGCCGCCCACCCUCCACCUGUCUGCCCUCCUACUGGACCAAACUCUCCCCGUAGCCGCGAUCGGAGCCUCUUCACUCCUGCCGACCCUCGUCUGGUCACCACAGAAUUCUGUUCCUUCCAGAUUCCAGACUACUUGUAUUGCUAAUUUUGAGGAGCCUUGUUUGUCUCUUUUUGUCUGUGAAUAACCAGAGACUACGCAAUUAGAAGUGUCUCCUGGAUGAAGCCUAAAACUUUUUUCCCCUCCUCAUAUCCACCUUGAAAUCAAAACUGAAGUUCCAUAUAUAUUUACUCUGUUUUCCAACACUAAACCUUCUCUCUCUGUGAUACCUGUCUGCAUCCACCUGCUCUCUGAUUGGCUAUGAGCGUCGUUCUCAUUUAUCUCAUACGCAGUGUUCAAUCAGCUGACCGCAUCCCCGUACUCCUGAUCCACAUCCUCCUCCUGUCCCCCGAGCAACGUAGCCACCAGUCCACACACCGUCACGCUCCCUUGGCUUUUGCCCUCUAACCCAGCCUUUCUUGCACUGUUUACAUCCUCCUUUUCUCCUCCUGCAGCCUCACACACUGUACAGUGUUUCUGUAUAUAGAGCGACGCAUGUUAUCUCCAACAAAAUAUCAGAGUAUUUCAUUAUGAAGAGAUGUUACAUGUAUAUUGAAGAAGAUAUCAUAUUCAGCAGCAUUUCCAUGGUCAAUUUGUAUUAUGUCAAGCUACAGUGCACUAGCAGCUUGUAAGCAGAAUGGAUGGACAGCGCUGUUUGAAGUGAUCAUGUGUAUUUAUAAAUGGCACAAAAUGACGUGUAUUUAAAUAUCGGCAUGAAU